AUGGGGAAGUGUCAGUCCAAGCGCGGCGAGCGAGGCCACUCGCCGGCCCCCCGCGGCCCCCCGCGCCCCGGCCGCGCCGCCGCGCCCCAGAGAGAGAGCCCCGAAGGGGACAGCUUCGCGGUGUCCGCGUACGCGAGUGGCCACAAAGGCGCGGAGGAGGCAGAGCGGCGCGUCGGCGGCAGGCAGGAGCUGCUCGGCGGGGACCUGCAGGAGGGACCUUUCUGGGAGGACCAGUGUCCCCUAGAGGUGGCAGUCACCCCUGAGAAAGCCGAGGGCCGAGGCAGCGCAGGACAGCUCUUUGGCGUGCUUGAUGGAGAGAAAGCAGCAAGCCGCGAGGGCCCACGAGGGCUGGGCAAGAGGCACCUGAACACCGAUGCGCUCCAGUGCGACGUCUCGGUGAAGGAGGACAACCAUCAGGAGUGGACGUUCACGUUCUAUGGUUUCGACAACAAUGGCAUAGCCACCAGGGAGGACGUGUCCAGCCUGAUGCACACCAUCUGUGAGGCCGUCGGCGCCUCCGUCAGCCACUCCUCUGGCAGCAGCAGGACCCUCCGUGUGCAACUGACCGUCGGCCCCGAGUCCUCCAGCAAGAGAAGGGAGAGUCCUCCCCCAGGCCAAGACCGGGAGCCCACUCACUGCAGGGCGGAGGGCGAGCUCAGCGAGGACCCCCGGGGGUCGGCACGUGUCAGGAGGCCGGGCGCCGACCCCCACCCCUGCUGUGCACGGGGCCCGUGCCGCGUGGACGAGAACACGGAGCGGAGGAACCACUACCUGGACCUGGCCGGAAUCGAGAACUACACGUCUAAGUUCGGACCUGGGUCCCCGCCGGCACCAGCCAAGCAGGAGCAUCAGGGCAAGGCCGUGCACCCCCAGAGCAGGUCCCACUCGCAGGAGGCGGACGCACACGAUGCGCACCACCGCAGGUCUCAGCCGCUGGCCGACCAGCCCCCGCCGGCUGCAGACCCCGCCAGGGCCCUGGACGCGCAGCCCCGCCUGAAGGGGCAGGACAAGCAGCCUCUGAGGUCCCCCAAGGGCUCAGGGAGGCCACCUGGGGCGCCCGGCGGAGGCAAGCCCGGGAGAGCCUUCGGCUCCCACCUGCCGGCGGCCCCGGCCCCCGCCCCCCAGGACGGCCAGCCCCCGCCGCAGCCCUACGGCCACAAGCGCUACCGGCAGAGGGGCAGGGAGGGCCACUCGCCCCCCAAGGCGGUGCCGGAGCACGAGGGGGUGCGGGGCCCGCCGCCCCCGCUGGUGGGGGAGGGCUGUGCGGUGCCCGCGGUCCAGCGCCACGAGCACCACCACCACCACGAGCACCACCACCACCACCACCACCACCACCCAUCCUAG